AUGCCCUUUUUCAAAGAUCUGCGCAGGCGAUCAAAGGCUAGCUUUCGAACUUCCGAUUCCUCGACCGAAUCCAAUGGCACUGUCCCAACCACAAAGUCUUCGUCUACCCUGAAUUCCGCCCGCGGAAGCACCACUCCACCUUCCACUUAUCAUGCAAAUGGCUCAGCAUCCAAUGUUCUGGCCGCUGCAAAGCCCAAUGGCGAUACCCCUCCGCCGGUGCCUCAGCGGCCCAACGUUAUGGUGCCGAAUUCAAACCGGAACAGCAUGAUCACUCUGUCACCUUCUGGUACCAAUGGCACAAUGCGAGUCCCUACUUCGGCCUUUGCGCCCAAGAUCACUUCUAUUCUGGACAACUCGGUGGUUUAUAAUAAAGUGCUGUUGCUCAACGGAGAAAUUGGAGAUCCGAGUCAAAAAGCAAUGGACGGCAACUUAACUGUUCACCAUGACAAGGACGGGCAAUCUUUCCCCCCGACCAACUGGCCGGUAUCCGAGUCAUACUUCAAAGCCUUGGUUUACCUCUCACCCGGAUGGAACAAGAUACGCUUCGACUUCACCUCGCCCAAAUUGAGCUCCAUUAGCAAUGCAUCGGCUCCUACGAUGCAUUCCUCCUACAUAAUGCUGAACUACCUGCCUCUGAACAGCGCCCCACCGUUACAACUGGUCAUCCUUGCCGGCAAGGACUCUCCAUGCACAUACGACGCAGUUCCACAGCGCAUACAGAGUGAAGGCAAUGGGCUCGAGAUGGCAGUCCGAAAAUUCCGUAUGGCGGCUCAUUUGUGGCAGGCAUUCACAGCCGAGCAGAUGUAUAGACACAAAUUUGGACGGCGGUGUUUCAGGUUUGAAGAGGAAUGGCAGACUGGCUCACUGUCCAUUCGUGAUUGGGAAUCGGGACGGAUGAAAAACGAGACCAGGGUACAUGUGGUACGGUCGGACAAAACUACUGCGGAGUUACGUGAUCUACAGUAUGCCCAACAAUACGGGCCGGCAGCAAAGAAGGGCGAACUCUAUUCGAUCGCCGCGGAUGCUGUCAAGAAGCACUUCAAAAUCAAGCCCGGUCAAAAGCAGUACGUUGCGUGUCUUUUGCUCGACGCACACUGGGAUCCCGAAGUGGGCACUAUCACCGGACAUGCUGCUCUGGGUGGUACUUCAGAUGACCUCGGUCUCGCAAUCUUUGGCUCUCAGGCGCUUCAGAGCUACCCGUCCUGCAUCGAAGAAGUGGUGGCUGCGUUUACAGAUUGCACCCCGACAGAUACCAAGUUUGUCGCGAACGACUGCAACGAGUCUGGUAGUAGUUGGGAGGCUGCAAAUAUUGGGAUCGGUGCGCACCUCCACGAAGUCGGCCACUUGUUCGGGUGCCCUCACCAAGAAAAUGGAGUUAUGCUCAGAGACUAUGUACGCCUCAAUCGUACCUUUGCCAUUCGCGAACCAUAUUCAACCAGGACCAAGUCUCAAGGGCUCAAGGUUUGUCGCCAGGAGGACGAAUGUGGUUGGCACCGCCUAGACGUCCUUCGGUUUCGGCACCAUCCUUGUUUCAAACUCCCGAGUGACGAACUCUUGUCUCAAGACGACAGCGUCCAGUAUUUCCCAGUCGGAAACGGACGUGUCAUCUGUUCAGCUUCAACAGGGAUUUCAUUUGUUGAGAUCUGGAUCGAAGGAGAUGAUUUGUGCCGGCAGUGGAUCGACUUCAACAAUAACGACUCUCGAUUAAACAUCAUCCCCAGACAAGUGACACUGGUCGAAAGUGAUAUUCGAGCCCGUCUCCCCGAAGACAAAAGAAAGGCCAAAUUGUCUCUCACCGUAUUCUGCGGCGGCUCACGGAAUGAAAAAAUUGAGGAUCUAGAUGAGCUCUUGUCCAAGAAGUACAUCAUCAGCUUGCCACCCGUCAGGCAGGCACCCAAGCCAUUCAAGGGGAAAAAAUUGGGCCACUCCGCUUUGGAGGGCUCUCAGCCAGACGAAGUGAUUUUGGACUGUGCCAACCUCCAGACCAAACUUCUGACAUCAGUGAAAGUCUAUCAUGGAUUCGCAUUAGAUGGGGUUGAAUUUUGCUAUGAAGACGGCCAUAGUCAGCUAUUCGGCAAAAGAGGAGGCAAGCCUGACGGCGAUGAAUUCUUCCUCGACACACGUCGGGGAGAAACAAUCCUUGGGUUUUAUGUGCGGGCUGGUCUUUGGAUCGACGGAAUUGAGAUUUUAACAAGUACUGGCCGACGAUCCGGCGUCUUUGGCAACGCCACAGGGGGGUCUGGACAUACUUUACUGGCGCCUCGCGGUUACAGUCUUGCCGGAAUUUCAGGUUCUUGCGGCGCAUGGAUAGACGGCUUCCAAAUCCUCAUCACUCGAUAA